AAUUAGAUGACUCAACUCAUCUGUUUAGUUGCAUUUGUUAUAUCGCCUCUCUCUCUCCAAGAUAUCAUGAAAAAAGUGCGAGACAAAUUUAAACAUAAAUUCAGUGAUAGAUAAAGUUCAUAUAUUUUAUAGAGCAGAUAAAUACUGAACCUACUCCAACUAAUAAAACCAGAAGUAUAAAAGAUGGAUUAAAUCACCGCGAGAAUAUAGUCUUCUCUCUUUAUAUAUGAAAGAUAAAGAGUCUAUAUUUAAUAUCAUAGGAGAUUUAUCAGUUUUUUAUAAAUCAAGGAUAUCAAGUAUACACACAACUUGUAUAUAAUAUUACUUCAAUGGCUACGCUAACUUCACGCGAGUGUGUUCGCGCCUAUAAUUUUUUUUCAACUCGCAAAAUUUAUAUAUAUUAAAUUCACUUCAACACAUGUGUCAAUAGAUUUUGUUCGUGUGUACGUAAACACGUACAAAAAUAAUAGUGUGUGAAUAAAAUAAAAAAAAAAAAAAUUUUUUUUUUUCUUUGAAAUGAAGAGUCACUGUUGGCGUAAUUCAACAAGAUUAGAGGGAAAAAAAGAAAAAGAUAAAGUCUGGCCAGAAAUACAGUCGAAAAAUCAUCGACAACAACGUAAAUAUGAUUCUCAGACGCCAGUUAACAAACAUUAUCAUUCAUCGUCUAAAGGAAUAAUUGAGGAGAAUUCAUCUGAUAAUGAAUUUGAUGACAAUUGUCGUCGUCAUUGUUAUCAUCAACAAAAAAUUGAGACAAAUUUGAAUUAUUGUGAUUUUCCAGAAUUGGGAAAAAUUAUGUCGACGUCGAAGAGAAAAAAUAAUUUUAGAAAGGUUCCUGAUGCAAUUGUCGCUGAUGAUGUUAUCAUCAUAAAGGAAGAAAUAACUGAAGAUAAAUUAAAAUCGAGAAAAUUUCUUAAAAGAUCAGAAAGAAGUCAAUUAUUUCGGAUUAAUAUUCAACAAAUUUUGGAGAACCAAAGAAGCCUGAAGAAUUCCCUGGCAGAGAAGAAAAUAAAAUGCUGUGAUCGUAUUGUUGAAACAAAGGGCAAUAAAAUUUAUUUAUCGAAAGCAAAAAAACCCACGAAAUUGAAGCAAAUAAUAAUCAAUGAACGUGAGAAGAGAAAAGAAUUACGUGGAAAAAAUCAUGAGCCAAUAAUUAAAAUUGUUCAUGAACAAUUAUUAAAUAUUGAAAAUUUGAAAAUUAUUCCCGAUCCAAAUUUAGAUCUCGACUGUGGUAGAACACUAACGGGACUAAAUCUCAUUGGCAAUGAAUAUAGAAAUCCAAAAAGUGAUAAUCUAGUUGACAAGAUAGUGGAGAAUCGAAAAGACAUUUCCCAAAGAUUAGAGAAUUUAUUAAUUAAUACAAACAAUGAAACGCAUGUGAUAAAUGAUGAUUUGAAGAAUGAAAUUGCAAAUAUACAAAUCGAUGAAAUUAAUACACAAAAUAUUAUUGUAGAAAAUGUUAAUAGUGUUCUUAUUUUGAAAAAGGAGGAGAAUUUUCAAAAUCCUGCAUUUUUCACUUAUAGGGAUGCAAAUACAAAUAAUAUUCGAUAUUCGAAAAAAUUUAGAGAAUACUGUACGAACACAAUUUCGCCAGAAUUCAAUAAAAAAUUGGAAAUUUUCAUAUCAGAAUUGUUUAGACUGCAGAAAAAAUUAUACGAAAGAAGUAAUGUCAAAGGAAAAUAUAAACGAAGAUUUUACACCGGAUUCAAUGAAGUCGAGAAGCACAUUACCUUGAAGAAAAUAAAAUUUGUAAUUAUUGUACCUGAUCUUGAAAAGGUGGAAGUUGAAGGGGGUUUAGACGAUAUUGUUAAUAAAUUAAUUGCAUCUUGUCGAAAACAAAACAUUCCAAUUUGUUUCGGUCUUUCCAGAAGAAAAUUAGGAUAUUUAACGCAUAGAAGAGGAAUGGUCAGUUGUAUUGGCGUUUCCAAUUUUAGCAGCAUCGAGGAAAAACUCGAAGUGGUAUUAAACAGUUUGGUGGAGGCGAUAAAUGAAUUUCGAACAUUAAUUGGCGAAUUGAAUAAAUUGAUAGACGUGAAAAAAUUAAUGGAUGAUGAUCUUCUACUUUCUGAGAGGAUAAAAAACCUGUUGAAAAUUAUAGCACCAACAACUUAAGUACACAGCUUUUAAAUUAAAACUCGUCUUUUCCUAAGAUAAUAAAAAAAAUAAAAAUAAAAAAAUAUAAUAAAAUAAAUAAAAAAUAAUAAUAAAUAUAUAUUACUAGUAGAAUACUAUUUUAGUACUACAAUCAGCAAAGCCGUCCAAUUUUUAAUUAUAUAUUUUUUAAAAAAUGUAAUUUUUUACAUUAAAAAAUUUUUAUAUCA